AUGUAGUUUCGGUGUGAUUUAGCGAACCGGCUAACCCAGCGACUUCUCCGCCUCCCUCCGUCCAGACUGCCGUCGUGCCCGGCGUUCAGAAUGCACAGUGAGCUACGCGCAGAUGGAGGAGCGCAAUGACGGAGGAGUUUGAUGAAGAUGUUGUAUUUGAGAACUCGCCUCUUUUCCAGUACCUGCACGAUCUAGGCCACACAGACUUCGAGGCAUGUCCCACGGCGGUGCAGGAGGCGGAGUAUGGCGACCCCGGCUCAAAUCAGCAGAAACAGGGAGGCCUGAUGAACACACUGGCUGAAGCCUGGUGGAGAUGGAGCCCCUUUCACUCCUCCUGCAAGCUGGAGCAGCAGCUGGACGGCGUGUUUGGCCAGUACUCUGUGAAGUCCAUUCUGGACCAGGAUGUCCUGCUCCAGGAGGACGUGGAGCUGAUCGAGCUGCUGGACCCCAGCCUGCUCACGUUGGGCUCGUCGCCCGGCACGUUACCCCGACCCGGUUUCUUCGCCACACCCUCAUCAUGGGACAUAGCAGGUCUCGUGGGCCUGGCCGCAGUUUUGCUGGGUCUCUGCUCAGCGUCCGGGGGUCUGUGGUCGCUAGCCGCCGCCCUGCUAGGCGGGGCGGGGCUGAGGGCGGCGACGCUGUGGAGGCAAGCCCGAGUGCAGCGGGCCGUCCACGCCAGAGUCUCUCAGAUUCACACGCUGGUCCACAACAGCAAGACCCUGACGGGCUUGUCCCGUAAAGCUCUGCGCCUGGUCCAGGAAACGGAGGUCAUCUCCAGAGGGUUUACCCUUUUGCUCGACAGGGUGAGUGCAGCCGUCACCUUUAGCAGGGCGGGGCCGGGGGCGGUGCCACACGGACAGCAGCUGAUGGGACUGAGGAAGACCUUGUACCGGGCCCUGCGCUCUGCCUUCCGAGCCUCCAGGAGAGCCACGUGUCACAUGCUGAAGGCGUUCCCGCUGAGCUCGGAGAUCGACAAUGUGACCAACUACGUGUCCGCGGUGCCUCUGAAGGAACUGGGUCUGGGCCUGGGCAUCGAACAUCUGGGUGACGAGCAGGCCCAGGAGCUUACAGACGACUACAGCCUCCCCGCCCUUAAGAUGCUGUACCAGCUGUGGGUGGGGCAAAGCUCCGAGUGUUUCCGCAGAUUAGCUCUCCUCUUGUCACAACGGCGACCGGAGGAGGAGUCAGAGGAAAGGGGCGUCCCCGCAGAAGAUUCCGCUCCGCCCGCUUUGCACCGCUCCGUCGCCGCAGUAACGGACCCCCUCCACCACGCCCUGGCCGCUUGUCUCGGGGAGGUGCAGCGGAGCUACGACUUCCACCGCCACUUCCAGACGCAGGCCAGGACGUCGUGUUCGGACCGGAACGGCGGAGCGGGAGAGAAAUGCAGAGAGCUCAACAGUCUGCACACGUCCAUAAGAAGCCUCCAGCUGCACCUGAAGGCCGUGCUCAGCGAGAUGAUCAUCCUGGAAGACGACCUGGAGAAGCUGAUGGUGGCCAAGGAGCCGAGAGAGCUCACCCUGGAGAGUUACCGAGACCUCAGCGAGCGCCUGCACCAGCUGCAGCCGCACAUGAAGGCCAGCACCGGCUGCUGGGACGACACCGUCGGGCAGGUGUCGCGCAUGCUGAGGCGGGCCAACGCCGGUCCAGGCUCUGCUCAGACUCCAGACCAGUGUGGUCCUGCUGAGACUGAGGUCCCUCCACCUCCUCCUCCUCCAUCUUACCCCUUGAUCCUGGACAAAGAUCCAGUUCCAGAAGAGCUGGAGUGGGAGGGCUACGUGUCGGACUCAGACUCGGAAGGCGAAAGAAAGGGUUCCUGGUGCGACAUGUUGACUCCCGAGGAACGGGAACGCCAGCGGCGUGAGAGGGAGGAGUCCCGCCGCGUCCUGUCCGAGCUCAAAGUGGUGCUGGGCUUCCGUGCGUCGGACGGCGAGAGGAUGAAGAGGAAGCAGAUGCUCUUCAGCGACCAAGCUGCCAUGGCACCUUCGACUUGCGCUCCCGGCGCCGAUACCGACACCGGCUCGGCAGAAAGUGGUGAGGGAGGAGGAAGCAUCCCGUCAGAGUGCGCUGCAGGAAGCCAAGAGGAAGCGAGGGAAGGAAAGGAUGUGCGGGCGAGGCCUGACCCUUCUGACAAGCCGCUGACUGAGUUCAGCUGCGGUCGGGAGGCGGAGGACGCCGACGCGGCAGGAGCGUUGGUUUCCACCCGAGGAGGAGGCGGAGCGUCCGAGCUGCACGAGUACGACGGCGUCCUGGAGGAGGAGGAGGAGCAGAACGGUCUGGACCGCCCCAGGAAGCCCAAAGUUCCCACUCUCUCCGUCAUGGACCGUCUGACGGACAUCCACGGCUUGGACGUGCUCAGUUUCAGCUCCGCCCUCGCCGCCCAGGUCGCUGCUCGCUCGCACUUGGUCAUGAAACUGGAGGAGCAGACUUUUGGAGAUGAUGAUGAGGAUGAAGAAGAGGAGCAGUGAGCAAAGACUACCUCCAUGAUUGUCCAGUUUUCCCUAGUGUUCAUUUUCCUUUACCGCUUUACACUCAGGUACCAAACCACCUGUGACCUCAUCUGUGAAGACCGAGGCUCCGUCCAAUCAACACUGAUUAUUAUUCUACCAAAUACAACUGGACUUAAGUUUCUCGGGAAAAAAAAAGCCUGGGUGGCUUAGAAGGGAACCAAGUGGAACGCCACCAAUACUAAUACUAUGAACAUGUAGCAUCAUGGUCAUUCAUUAUUGGGUGUUGAAAGUUGUUCCACAUUGAGGGGAUACUUUCCGCAGUGUUCUAAUCCAAAGCGAAAAGGCCUUGACUAAAACCACAGGAAGAGAAGUGAGAUUUGAUUUGCACAGCAUUCAUAAACAUCUGGAAAUGGCCUAUUUAAAGACCAUUUCUUGUGAAGUGGCCUUUGGGGGACUAAGUCACGACCGAUGAUGGCGAUCAUGUGAGGGACAAUCUCUUUUCAUAUGAUGUCAUCGAAGCCAGGCUGUCUUUCUUGGUCUACACCUUCCCGGACUUGAUGCUCCUCAUCCCCUUUUUUUUCCAAAGUGAAAUAAAAUACUAUUCAAGUUG